UAAUGGCAACUCAUCGAAUUUUCAUCGCUUUUGUCAUUCUUUUUUGUUGUUUCUGUCUACCUCAUCUAAUAGAAGCUGAACAAGUGUUCGUGGAUCAAUCCGGCAAUGGCAAUUUCACGACAAUACAAAAAGCUAUCGAUUCGGUUCCAGCCAACAAUCGUAAUUGGUUCUUCAUCAACGUUGCAGCCGGCCUUUACAAGGAGAAAAUAAAGAUACCACGUGAUAAACCCUUCAUUGUACUAGUGGGAGCUGGAACGAGGAAAACUAGGGUUGAAUGGGACGACCAUGCCACGACUGAGCAAAGUCCUACUUUUGCUACUUCCGCAAAUAACACCGUCGUUAAGAGCCUCACCUUCGUGAAUACGUAUAAUUUACCGAAUAACGGGAAAGUGAACAAAAAUAUCACUCAAGCGGCGGCGGCGAUGAUCGAAGGUGAUAAGUGUGCUUUUUACUCGGUAGGGUUUGCUGGAAUUCAAGAUACCUUGUGGGAUAAGAAUGGUCGACACUUCUUUCACCGUUGCACUAUCCAAGGCGCCGUUGAUUUCAUCUUCGGGAGCGGCCAAUCUAUUUACAAGAAUUGUGAUAUUCAAAUGCUAGGAGAGACCCUAGAACCCGGGGCUGGAUACAUAACGGCUCAAUCACGGGCACUUCCGGAGGAUGCGGAUGGAUUCGUGUUCAUAGAUAGCCUUGUUCACGGAAACGGAACGGGGAAGGCUUACUUGGGCAGACCGUGGGGGAAUUACUCUCGAGUGAUCUUUUGCAACACUGAGUUGACCAACGUGGUUGUUCCCGAAGGUUGGGUCGCAUGGAACUUAGUGGGCCGCGAAUCACAGACGACGUAUGCAGAAGUUCGAUGCUUUGGAAGUGGAUCUAGCACGAGGAAACGUGUGAGAUGGGUUAAGAAGCCGAGUGAUCCCAUCGUUCAAAGUUUGUGUAGUCUCGACUUUAUUAAUAAUGGUGGGUGGGUUCAAAAUUUGCCCAUUCGUGGUUGAUUGAUCUCAUUGCUUCUGUUUAUCUUGUUUUUUUUUUUAGUUUCAUAUUUUAUCAUU